CCCCCCGGCCCCCAGGAUGGCGGAGACGCGCUCGGCGGCGGCGGCGGGCUUGGCGGCGGCCCGCGGGGAGCUGGAGCGGGCCCUGCGGCAGGACCCCGGCCAGAUCUUCGGCGAGGACCGGCUGCGGCGGCUGCUGGACACCUCCCUGCCCCCCGCCGCCCGCUACCCCCGGCUGGACGCCCCCCGCCUCGUGCGCAGCAACGCCCGCGGAGAGCCGGAGCAGUACCUGACCACCCUGUCCACCGCCCUCAACAUCCUGGAGAAGUACGGCCGCAACCUGCUCAGCCCCCAGCGGCCCCGCUACUGGCGCGGGGUCAAGUUCAACAACCCCGUCUUCCGCAGCACCGUGGACGCCGUGGAGGGCGGACGGGAGGUCCUGCGUCUCUACGGAUACACGGAGCAGCAGCCGGACGGGCUCAGCUUCCCCGAGGAGCAGGAAGAGCCGGACGGGGAGCGCGUGGCCGCCGUCACCGUCGACGUCCUGCUGCUGAGGGCCGAGCUCGGGCUCCUGCUGGAGAAAUCCCACCCCCGGCCCGAGGCGCUGGAUCGGCUGCUGCAGGAGGGCGCCGACCCGGAGACGCCGUUGCCGUCCGAAGCGGCGCCUCCUCCGGGGGAGUCGGACCCCGGCCCCCUCGCCGCCACGCCGGCUCCAGAACCCUGCUUCCUGUGCGGCUCGGACCCCGGGGCCCUGCACUGCCCGGCCUGCGGCCACGUCCUGUGCCUGGUCUGCGACCGCCUCUUCCAUCGGCACCCGUCCCGCGCGCACCACCUCCGCCGGCCCCUGCCGGGGUCGCCCGCCGCCCCCCCCGCUUUCAGCCUGAGCCCCAGCCUCUCGGCCCAGGCCCCGCUGGGCUCCCCGCCGGCCCCGGGCGACGGCGGCGCCCCCCGGUCCUGGCCGGGCCCCGCCCCCGAGGCCCCCGCCGCCCGGCCUCCCUGGCGCUGCGCCGCCUGCUCCGUGCUGAACGAGGCGCGGGCGGUGCUGUGCGUGGCCUGCGACCGGCCCCGGGGCUGCAAGGGGGCGGGGCCGGGGGGCGAGGGCCCCCGGGGGGCGGGCGCGGGGCCGGCCAGGGGCCGCUGGGCCUGUCAGAGCUGCACCUUCGAGAACGAGCCCGCCACCGUGCUGUGCGCCAUGUGCGAGCGGCCCCGCCUGGCCCAGCCGCCCAGCCUCUGGAGCGACGCCGCCGGCCCGGCCCCUCCGCAGGUCGGCGACUGGCACUGCGCCCACUGCACCUUCCGCAACUCCGGCCCGGGCUGGGUCUGUGCCAUGUGUAACCGGACCAGCGUGUCUCCGCCCUAUCCGGCCCCCGCCCCCCAGCCCUCUGCCCGGCCGCGGGCGGGCUCGCUGGGGGACGGGACCCGCUCCUGGCAGAGCCCGGAGCCCCGGGCCCCCCGACGCUUCAGCACCCCCGUGCCCACCCCCUCCGGGAAUACCGAGCUCCAGCGCCAGGAGAAGAUGCGGGAAGACGGGCUCAGGCUGGUGGCCAUGAUCCGGGCCGGCGAGGCGGAGGGCACGGGGCCGGAGGAGGUGUUCUCGGCCCUGCAGUACUCGGGCACGGAGGUGCCGCUGCAGUGGCUGCGCUCGGAGCUGCCCUACGUGCUGGAGAAGGUGGUGGAGCUGGCGGGCCGCCGGGACCCCGGCCUGGGCGUCUUGUCCCGCCAGGAGGCCAGGCGGGCCUGGCUGAGCUGCCACGGCAACGUGGAAGAGGCCGUGGAGGAGUGCGUCCGGGCCCGGCGCAGGAAGGUGCGGGAGCUGGAGACCCUGGGGUUCGGGUCCGGGGAGGGCUCGCUGCAGGCCCUGUUCCAGCACGGCGGCGACGUGGGGCAGGCGCUGACCGAGCUGCAGCGCCAGCGCCUGGAACCCUUUCGCCAGCGCCUCUGGGAUGACCCCGAGCCCAACCCCUCGUGGGACGGCCCCGACAAGCAGAGCCUGGUACGUCGCCUGCUGGCCGUGUACGCGCUGCCCAGCUGGGGCCGGGCGGAGCUGGCCCUGGCCCUGCUGCAGGAGGAGCCGCGGAACUACGAGCUGGGGGACGUGGUGGAGGCCGUGCGCCAGAGCCCCGACCGCGCCUUCCUGCGGCGGCUGCUGGCCCAGGAGUGCGCCGUCUGCGGCUGGGCCCUGCCCCGCAACAAGAUGCAGGCCCUGACCUCCUGCGAGUGCACCAUCUGCCCGGAGUGUUUCCGUCAGCACUUCACCAUCGCGCUCAAGGAAAAGCACAUCACCGACAUGGUGUGUCCGGCCUGCGGCCGCCCGGACCUCUCCGACGAGGCCCAGCUGCUCGGCUACUUCUCCACCCUGGACAUCCAGCUGCGGGAGAGCCUGGAGCCCGACGCCUACGCCCUGUUCCACAAGAAGCUGACGGAACGGGUCCUGAUGAGGGAUCCCAAGUUCCUGUGGUGCACCCAUUGUUCCUUCGGUUUCAUCUACGAGCGGGAGCAGCUGGAGGCCACGUGUCCGCAGUGUCACAAGAGCUUCUGUGUGUCCUGCAAGCGCCAGUGGGAAGAGCAGCACCGGGGCCGGAGCUGCGAGGACUUCCAGAACUGGAAACGCACCAACGACCCCGAGUACCAGGCCCAGGGGCUCGCCAUGUACCUGAAGGAGAACGGGAUCGACUGUCCCAAGUGCAAGUUUUCUUACGCGCUGGCCCGGGGGGGCUGCAUGCAUUUCCACUGCUCCCAGUGCCGUCACCAGUUCUGCAGCGGCUGCUACAGCGCCUUCUACGCCAAGAACAAAUGCCCAGAGGCCAACUGCCGGGUGAAGAAGUCCCUGCACGGCCACCACCCCCGCGACUGCCUCUUCUACCUGCGUGACUGGUCCGCCCCCCGCCUCCAGAAACUGCUCCAGGACAACGACGUCACGUUCAAUACCGAGCCCCCGGCUGGGACCCGAGCGGCGCCCGGAGGCGGCUGCCGGGUGAUGGAGCAGAAGGAGGUGCCGGACGGGCUGAAGGACGAGGCCUGCGGCAAAGAGACCCCGGUCGGGUUCGCCGGGCUGUGCCAGGCGCACUAUAAGGAGUAUCUGGUGAGCCUCAUCAACGCCCACUCCCUGGACCCCGCCGCCCUCUACGAGCUGGAGGAGCUAGAGACGGCCACCGAGCGCUACCUGCACGCCCGGCCCCAGACCCUGGCCGGGGAGGAGCCCGCGGCCUACCGUGCCCGCCUGCUGCAGAAGCUGACGGAGGAGGUGCCGCUCGGCCGGAAUAUCCCGCGCAGGAGGAAGUAGCCUGCCCACGGAAGCCGAGGACGGAGACCCCCGUCCCCCGCGGCCCCCUACCACCAAAGGUCCAAUAAAGAACCCCGGUUCCCCCCGGGCCCGUUC